AUGCGGUGUGCCUCUUCUCUGCUUCCCUCCUUCUCCCUUGCUCCCCGUGCUGGUUUUCUCUGCGCCCCUCCGUCCAUAUCCUGUCCCUCCCCGCGGGUGAACGCCCCUGGUGCCGCCUUUCUUGCUCUCUCCUCACCCAUCUCUUCUCCUCCGCCCUCGAACAAUACUGUGACUGCCGGCCCCCAUCCCUGCCCCUUCCUUCCUCGGCAUACCUCCGCUCUUGCUCAGGUGGGCUUCUCUGGCGUCGCCCCACAUACUCUUCCCGUCCGUGCUGUCGCUGUGGACUCGGCCUCCUCCCUUCACCCAUCGCCAUGCGUCGCUGGCGAUUUUACCCUAGCCUGGGAAAUCUCCUUCGUCAACAUUGUUGCGCCUCUCGCUGCCCCGCGCAGUGGGAGAAGCUUCGUCGUCGGCGUUGACGCGCCUCCCGCCGCCCCGCGCGGUGGGGGAACCUUCGUCGUUGACAUUGCUGCGCCUUCCGCCGCCCCGCGCAGUGGUGAAAACCUCGUCGUCGGCGCUGAUGCGCCUCCCGCCGCCCCGUGCGGUGGGGAAACCUUCGUCAUCGGCGUCGACACGCCUUCCGCCGCCCCGCGCAGUGGGGGAACCUUCGUCGUCGGCGUCGACACGCCUUCCGCCGCCCCGCGCAGUGGGGGAACCUUCGUCGUCGGCGUCGUCAUGCCUUCCGCCGCCCCGCGCAGUGGGGGAACCUUCGUCGUCGGCGUUGACAUGCCUUCCGCCGCCCCGCGCAGUGGGGGAACCUUCGUCGUCGGCGUUGACAUGCCUUCCACCGCCCCGCGCAGUGGGGGAACCUUCGCCGUCGGCGUUGACAUGCCUUCCGCCGCCCCGCGCAGUGGGGGAACCUUCGUCGUUGGCGUUGACAUGCCUUCCGCCGCCCCGCGCAGUGGGGGAACCUUCGUCGUUGGCGUUGACAUGCCUUCCGCCGCCCCGCGCAGUGGGGGAACCUUCGUCGUUGGCGUUGACAUGCCUUCCGCCGCCCCGUGCAAGCAGGGUAUCUUCUCGUCCUUCCUCUUCACCCUGCUUGCCCGCCGGAUCCACGUCCAUGUCUUCGGCUUGGCGGCUUCCAUCCCCUCCGUGCUGGCCUCCGGCCAGGUUCCACGGGUUGCUCGUUUGGCUUAG